CUGGGAUAUUUUGGGGGAUUUCCCAGAUGUGUUUACCAGCCGGAAGUACGUUUUACUAUCUCAUGCUGCGAGGUGCGACAACAAUCGAGGAUCACACUCGGAUAGCCGUCUUUGGUACACUGACGGUGACUGCGACAAUAGGAACGCUGGUGUUCAUCCUGAUAAAACAUCCAUGGAAUGCCAAGCAGUACAGACACACGCAAAAGAUCAACCAAAUGCCGGUGGGAGCGAAAGCUGCUUUGGCUGCUACCAUUCGUUUGGGUUGUAAGAAGGGAAUGCUGUUGCUCAUCCCUUAUUUCUUCUACAUUGGUUUUACAUCAACAUUUUGGGCGAGUAUCAACGGCACAGCGCUGGGUUACACCCGCGCUUUUGGAGACGUACGAGAAUCCCUCGUUGGGCUGAAUGGAGUGUUCCAAGGCGUGGGAGAAAUAAAAGGUGGUGUGUUCCCAGGAAUUUUUGGUGCCUGGUCGAAGAAGAAAGGGCGAGAUGUGUUUCUAGUCGCGGGAUUUAUCGUGCAUCUGACAGCGUUCUAUUUGAUCUUCUUGAACAUGCCCCCGUUGUCGUCCCUACAAAUGACCAGUGAAAUGUCCUAUAUUGGACCGAGUCCGUACAUCGCCAUGCUUUGCACAGCUUUAAUAGGAUUCGGCGAUGCAAUUUGGAACAAUCAGCUAAUGGCAUAUUUGGGAAGCGUUUAUCCUUUUCAAACGGUUGCUGCUUUCGGAGUCUAUCAGUUUAUGACGGCUACUGGCAAUGUUAUCGCAGCCGGAUACUCAACCGUAUUAGCUUUGCCUUUUCAACUUUUGAUUAUGGUGGUGACCGGCAUUGCGGCCUUGGCGGGAUACUGUUGGUUAGAACGGAAAACAUUUCCGAAAAAGGGAUUCUCGAAUGGAGGACAAAAAGGAAUGGAAAUGAGCCACUCGCUCCGCCGUUCAGAGACUGGAUAA